UUUAAAUCGUCAUCAUCAGGGGAAGCGGAAUUUCUUUGUUCAUCAGAAGUUCGCAAUCAAAUAGAUCGAAUUUUUCUGCGUUAUUAUAAACAUUGCAUACCGAAGAACUGAUUAGUGAUACAACUAUAUCAAAAUGCAUUCUCCUCAUAUUUGUGUAAAGAAUUUUAAGUGCUCUCUUAGAUAUCAAGAUUUUGUUUUUAUGAAAGGAAAAUCUUAAUCGUAGAUUCUUAUUAACGACUUGUGGGAUUUAAAACAAUGUCUAAAAUAAUGGCAUCAGAAUUCAAUUUAAUGCAACUUCCGGACUUGGUUCUGUAUAAUAUAUGCUCCUUAAUCAACUGCCCUUUCGAUUUGUUGCAUUUUGGAAAUACUUGCUCACGUCUUCGAAAAAUAUCUUCAUCUUCUAGUUUGUGGUGGUCGCUUGCUUUUCGCUGGUUUAAAGGCUUGUGGAUCUUUAUGGAAGAUGGUUCGAUUGAAGAAAAUGCACGAAAUUGGCUACUUGAUAUAAUACGUAUUUAUUGUAAGCGGCCAAUAAGUACGAAAUUAGAAUGUCAAUUCGCGAAUGGUGAAGUGUGGCAGCGUGUUGAUACGCCUAAAUUCCGCUUUCUGGUUAGCAUGAUGCGCAUAGCCUAUACUAGGGACAAAGAUGACCAUCCAGCUGUGCUCUUCGAACAAUGGUUGUAUGAUGUAGGUUUGUACAAAAGAUCAGGAUCCUUAAUUGAUUUUGCAACACCAGAUUUAGAGUUUAGUCGUGAUAUGGUGAUUGAAUUAUCUGCUUUAGGACAAGCUGCAGAGCGUGAUCUCCGAAGACGAAAACAACCAUUCAAAGAUCCAAAAUAUUACAUCAAAAGAAUUGCAUCCUCUAACGAUUCAUGGAUGAGUGAUUUAUUUCCUGAAAGUCCUUGUGGGUCUAUAUGUCCUUUAUUAAUGAGUCCUUUCCAAGAUGCUUCAAUUAAUGAGACAUCAGGUAUACAAGGUCUUGCAAUGUGUAUUAGUGUUGUCCUUGAAAGACAUCUUCAAAAUUAUUACAAAGCAUCAUCAUUGUCUUUACAAAGAAUAUGGGAAAUUGUAAAAGUAUUUACCACUGUAUUCAUUUCUGAAAUUUUAGAUCCAUUGCAUUCUUUUCAAUCAAGAUUUGAAACCCAGAGCCUGAAAUUAGUAAUUUUAGCCAUUGUGGAUGAAAAUUUAUACGAAUUCAAGAAUCUACAAGUUAUACUUGAACAUUUUGGUCUGAAUAUUAAAUCGAAAGAUGUCAUAAAUGAUUUGGCUGUUUAUUUAAAGAAAUAUAAAGGAGUAGAUUUUGCAGUAGAUGAAAUUCGAUCAUAUUUUAGAAAUGCAAUCAAUGAAGAAGUAAAGAAAGCUGUAUCUCCUCCUGAUUCUUCUAAUAAUAUUGUCACUAGAAUCAAUAUCACAGAUAGUGAUUUGAUUGGUGGGGAUAAUUACAAACAAGAAAUGUCUGCUGCUGCUUUUAUAUCUGAUUAUGGUGUUUUGGUAACUUGGCAUUUAACUGGGAGAAUGCGUUUUUAGUGAUAUAUUUUUUCUAUACUAAUAAAAACCUAACAUGUAUAAAAUAUUAUCAUACUAAUUUAAAAUUAAGAUGAUAAUAUUUUAUUGAGCAUUUGUUAUAAAAAGACAUUGAAAAGUUAGUUAGCAAUGAUAAUGAAUCUCAUUUUAACUUUUUUCAGUUAAAAUACAAAAAGUUAAUUUUAAAAGAGGAUUAAAAAGUUAGUUAGCAAUGCUAAUGAAUCUCAUUUUAACCCUUUUCAGAUAAAAUAUGAAAAGUUAAUUUGUACAGUGUUUCAUAUUGAUCUAAAAGUCAAAUUGAUAUUUAUAUAUUGUUAUAUUUGUAUGUGAAGCUAUUAUAUUUUUAAAUUGUCAUUUUAGUCCUUUAAAUACAGUUGAGAUUAUAGUCAGUGCCUAUAAAACAUGCUGAGUUUUUGUUAUAAAAGCAUGUGGAUGUUUAAGAUUAAUAUUAUUUAAACAUUUCAUUUUCAAUUGUUGUUGGUUAUUGUGAUAAAAGACAGAUUGUGGAAAAUUUUAAAUUAGUUAUAAAAAUAAUACAUUGCUUGAUGAACAUUUGAGUGUAAAACAAAGAAAAAUUUAUGAUUUUGAAAUUAACUUUUAUUUUCAUACAGCUCAGAAUUUUUGAAUUUUUAUACAAUAGUAUGAAAUUUGAUGUUUAUACUUCUAGCCUAAAUACAUCAAAUUACCUGUAGUAUAUCUGACAUGGGCAUUAAUGUCAGUUGUCUAUACUUAUUAUUACUGAUACAAUGACUUUUCCAGUUGUAUUAUAAUUAAUAUAAUUAUAAUAUACCAUCAGUAUUAAUUAAAUUUUGCCAUUACUAUUUUUGUUUAUUAAUGUUUUUUCAAAACUUUAA